AUGUCAGGACAAUCGAGUGUCGGAACCCGCAACAUCUACGAGGACGGAGACCAGCGCGUGCCUCCUGACUCCCAAAAGCCGGAGAAGCAAUCACACCCGUACGAGGAGGGUGAGAAGAAUAGUCACCGCUUGAACGACUCAAAGGAUCAGAGGUCAAUCGCCAACCGUCUCGCGGCCGCGGGGCCCCAGAACGACGGUGGUUCAAGACACCAGCUGAACGCCGAGGAGAAGGCGUCCCAGAUCGACCCGACGCUGCCGGCCAAGUUGCACGGGAACGAACCCUCCAAGGGCGCCAAGAUCGACAAGGAGAUCGAGGAGGAAGAAGCCGCGAUUCUGGCGAAGAAGAACGCGGCCCCAGGUGGUACGGGAAAGGGCGGGACCGGCGAUGUUGCAGGGAAGAAGAACUGA